AAACAUAUGCGACGUCCCACAACCGAAGGAGCGGAUUUCAAAUUUUCAAAACAAACCGUGCAUUGGUGUAGUGCCAGUAAAGCAUAGCGAGUACAGAUACAACCACAUCGUUUUCGUCCCACGUAAAUGGAUAGUUUUCUGCGGGUCUAUUAAAUAGUAUGCAUACAUGUAUACAGUCAUAUAAUUUUUUAAUCCACAACGGACAGGAUUCUAACAAGCAGUAUGGACUCCAGUGAAACACCUGGUGCUCCCGCUUCUUGCACAGAUGGAACUUCGUUCGAAGUUCCAAAGCCUCCGUCAAUUGAAGACUUCGUUGUUUUAAAACCUAUUAGCCGCGGUGCUUUUGGAAAGGUUUAUCUCGCAAGAAAGAAAUGCAAUCCAAGAUUAUAUGCAAUUAAGGUGAUGAAGAAAGCAGACAUGGUCGACAAAAAUAUGAUGAACCAGAUGAAAGCGGAGAGAAAUGCAUUGGCACUCAGCAAAAGUCCCUUUGUCGUUCACUUGUUCUACUCCCUUCAGACAGCAACCAAAGUGUAUCUGGUAAUGGAAUACCUCAUUGGUGGCGAUGUGAAAUCUCUUCUCCAUGUUUAUGGAUAUUUCGAUGAGGACAUGACUGUGAAAUACAUCUCUGAGGUGGCACUGGCUUUAGACUACCUUCACCGUCAUGGAAUAAUCCACAGGGAUCUGAAGCCAGACAAUAUGCUUGUAUCUAAUGAAGGCCACAUCAAACUAACAGAUUUCGGCCUUUCCAAAGUCAAACUUGAAAGAGAAAUAAACCUGGUUGAUAUCCUGACAACCCCUUCACUGAUCAAGCAGAAGGAAGAUUAUUUCCGCACCCCUGGUCAAGUCUUAUCCUUGAUAAGCUCCCUUGGAUUUAAUACACCUGCGGUGGAGGGCAAGCAUUGCAGCAGUGAGUCGGUUUUCAGUCCCGUGUCCUGUGAGAAAAUGGAACAACGGAAUAGCUCUUUUUGCUCGCCCAUGAUGAGGAAGAAGAAAGAGCAUCCAUAUUCCCCUGUAGGCCCCAUGCGGAAUUUAGGGCACCACAGUGGUGUGUUCAGCCCAUCCGCCUUGGCCAGGAGCCUGACCCCCAGACUGCUGAAGAGCAGGAGGAGGUUUGAAAGCGUGGGCAGCAGCCAGUCAUGCCUGUUCCCUUCCCCCACUGCCUCAGAGAAUGGUGUCAGCCCUCUAUGGGAAUUUGAACAGGAGAAGGAGAACCUCGCACAUCUAUACAGUCAGAAUGGGAGCCGAGCAACUACCACCUCCUCAGGAGGAAAGGAGACGUCUGAAAUGCGCCAUCUCUCUACCCUCGCAUCAAUGGACAGCCGUGACCCGAAUGCCAAGACCGACAAAGGACGCUCGUUUUCCAUCACCGGAGACCUGUCCAACAAAAUCAAAACUGACACUAUGGCGGGAAAGAAGCUGCAGUUCAGUGAUGCGGAGCCCCCUGCCCUUUCCCAGAAGAUUGAACUCUGUCAACCGACAAGUGCCGACGUAUGUGGGGCUGACAGCCAUUGUCUCGCAGGGAAACAACCAACGGGAAGUCUGUCUGUGAAAAGGGGUUUUGAGGAGGUUGAUAAAAGCCCAGAACAAAUGGGGGCGCAUGCCAAGAAGAAAGAUGCAGAAUACAAGAGGUGCUACGAGAUCCUGGAGGAAGAUUUGAAGUUCCGCACUGGUUUGACUGGCUUGUUUUCUACAGUUCAUCUAAAAGAAGGAAGGUCUGAGAGUCGGGCAUGUGGGAUGGUCGAGGGACAGGCGGCCAAACAUCCGAGCUCUAUUGUUGUGGAGAAAAACCUCCUUUGUGAGUUGGAGGAGCCUGGGGAAGAUGAGGAUACCAGGGAAGUGACUGACGCGAAGGUCACAACCUCAUUGGUUGACCAUCAACAGCAUAACUUGAGCCUUGACUCUGAUGGGUCUCAUCAUGAAAUGUCUCUCAUCGGCAGCUGCCCUGACACGCAGCAGCCUCGCCAGUGUGCCAAAGACCUGCGUUCAACAUCAUCUGAAGAACUAGAGAACAACAUCGCACCUCUUGCCCAAAUGCCAGAGACGCCCACGCCAAGACCCGGAGACUGUCUUUUCCAGACUGGAGAAUCCAAGCGCUCCUUCCUCGACCGAGUCCACGAGCUACCGGGCAGCGCGGCAAAGUCUUCCUCGUUCCUCAAGCCCAGGAAUGUCGUCGCGUUCCGAAGCUACUGCAGCUCCAUCAACCGGUCCAACGUUUCCUGGAACUCUCGUCUCAGCCUGGGGUCUGUGGACGCCAUGGAUAUGUCCACCUCGGCCUCCCACCACAGCUUUCCUGCCGCUGUAACACCCGUACAGAAGAGACCCAGCUCCAAUAGCUCCAUCUACCAGACCCCACAGGCGAUGACGCCUUCCCACACUCCCUUCAGGACUCCUAAGAGUGUCAGGAGAGGCGUGGUACCUGCUGAAGGCGUACCAAUUCUUGGAACUCCAGACUACCUGGCCCCAGAGCUGCUAUUGGGAAUACCGCAUGACUUCAUGGUGGACUGGUGGGCUCUGGGCGUGUGUCUGUUUGAGUUCCUCACCGGCGUCCCCCCUUUCAACGACGAAACACCUCAGCUGGUCUUCCAGAAUAUCCUCAACAGAGACAUCCCGUGGCCCGACGGAGAGGAGGAGCUGUCUCCCAAUUCCAGGAACGCCAUCGAGAUCCUCUUGACCAUGGACCAGAACAAACGUGCGGGCCUCAAAGGACUGAAGGAGCACGCUCUGUUUAUGGGCUUGGACUGGGACAACCUCCAAGACCAGGCCAUGACCUUCAUUCCCCAACCGGACAAUGAAACGGACACGUCAUACUUUGACGCGAGGAACAACGCCCAGCACCUAGCCGUCUCUGGGUUCAGUUGGUAGGUUCAAACACACCAACCUUAUCUUAAUAUAAGUCUUGAAAACUCAUCCACUACCUACAUUUUUGUGAGUUUUUUUUAAAUUAAAUAAAUCAUUAUAUAUAAAUAUUAAUAAUUUUGUGUGUGUGAAUUGUCCAAUUGGUGUGCUGCCCAUGCCUCACUGCUUUUAUGCACUUUUGUUUGUGGCCAAAUCAAUGUGGUAACACUGCCAUUGUCUGGUUAAACUGUAGAAAAUUCUGUUUGCGUGUAUGAUUUUUUUAUGUUCUGUGAUAAAAAUCUACGAAUAAAAAAAGGGUUUU